AUGGGUAUUUGGUCGCCUGUUCCUUUUGUGAAUUUUCACGAUGCUAUUUCGGAGGCUUUGGCGGACCCAUUACUAGUAGACCUUACAACUCAAUCUAAACUUCAAGAGCUUUUCGAUGUUGUUUCAGACGACCUUAAGAAUCUUUUUGAUGUACCGCCAAAAUCUUCUGCAAACAGAGAACUUUUAAGAUCUGGUGAAAUUACAAUCAACAAUGUCAAAUAUAGCGUUAAUCAAGAAUUUAUUAAUGAAGCAAGCGCACUUUCAGACGAGCUUUCAAUCGACGAGCUAAUUGCUUCUGAAUUCCUUUUAAAUGCACAAGAAGCUUCUAAACAGUCUCAUACACAACCAAUCCAAGCAAGUAUUGCAACUUUUCAUUUGCGACGACAAUAUAUUCUCAACAUAAUUGCUUUUAUUAUUGGAAACUUUAUUGAUCAAGGCCCUUUAGCAACAAAGAUACAGUCAUUUGCAAAAAAUCUGGAAAGUGGACAGACUUCAUUUUUUUCUCGCGUCUUAUCAUCACUUAAAUCUGUUGAAGCUAAUUUUACUUCUCUUGAUGAGAAGGAGUCGAGAGGAGCUAUUCUUGGCCAACUUGAGAGUUCCGACUUUCGCAACCAACUGAAACUUGAACGAGAUUUUCUUCUCAUAGAACACCAAAACCUUUCUCAAAUUCUUUACAGUAUCAUUCAAAAAGGUAGUAUUAAAUACACUACCGAUUUUAUUACUCUCAUACAACACGUUCGCCAGUUAGAUACAUACAACUCUCUCUUAGUUCACUAUAUUCCAGCAAUCCAUGCAAUUUCUUUACAGUUAGAUCCUUACUUGAGUGCUUCACCACAAAAUCUAGAUUUACCGGCCAUUGCCAACAUUGCAAAAGAAUUUAAAGAUUCCAAAAGUUGGAGACUUGGCUACUGGAGAGGUCUUGUUCAGUUUAUUUUUUAUACAUAUGCAACCGGCUUAUAUCGAUCCAAGUAUGUUGAAAGUGAUGGCUCAAAUACUCCUAAUUCUGCAAAUGAACUUGAUUUCAAAGCCGAUUUACAAGACCCUAUAAAGGAAUCAAUUGAUGAUGGUGCUUUAGAACUUUUAAUGUUUACUGCUAGUGAUAUCAAUCCUUCUUCUAUCAACUUUGAACCUUUUUACGAUUUUCGUCCUGAUCUUAAAUUUUGUGUCCCAGAUUUUAAGUCAUUAGGUCGCUUUUCAAAUGGAAUUUCAGAUCUCAUUUAUUCAAACCUUGAGAAACUUACUGAAGGUGUCAUUACAAACCUGGCGGACAUUCUCCGUGAAAUGAGACUGAAUGAAGAAGAUAUGUACUUGGCAAAUGCCCAAAGAGAAAUUUAUGAUGGUGCUAAUGAAGAAAACACAUGCGGUGUGGACUUGGAAAGAUUUUUCAUCUUCAUCUGUUGCCUUUAUUACGACCGUCCUGAUUCGGCGUUGCCGUUUUGGGUCGACCAAGAAAGCGAUUUAUAUAACUUCGUUUUGUGGGCUUCCCAAUGCGAUAUCGUCUUUAUGGCUACUGCUUUUAGCGCAAUGUUGGCAUCUCUUGCGUCUGGUCCGGCAUGCGCCUUAGCGGUUCAUAAAUUCCUUUCAGAGCAUGCGACAAAUCCUUCUUUUGCUUCCAGAACAAGGAAAAUUGCAAAGCUAUCAUGGAGCCAAAUAAUUAAGGCUCUUUCUUCAAGCAUAAAGAACCUCAAACCUCCGCAACCACCACCAAGCUCUCUUCUUUUGUCUAAAGCAAAAGUUAUUGCUGAUAUCCCUGAGUUAGACAGCUCUGAUGUUUGGAUUCUCACCACUUAUUUGCAAAUUCUUUCUCAGGUUGUAAAGUAUAGCACCGAAGCAAGAGACGAGCUGUUAACCAGUUACCUAAGUUCAAGCGGUGAUGGAAAACAACCCACAAAGCCUGAAAACGCCAAUGGACCCAACGGCACUCUUCCACCCCCAGCACCGGUUUCAGGAUCAAAUUCUUUGGUUAUAUCUUCCUCAUUAUCCAAUGGAGCUGUUACUCAGGUUCAACAACCUCUUGCUGAACCACCCAAGGAAAAAGACAAUGGCUUGGUUGUUUCAAUCCUUUUUGAAUUUUUAUCAUUCUACACACCUCUGUUUGGUCCAAUUCUUUACACACUCUCGGGAUUUGCACUUUCCGAAUCUCAACAAGUUAAGGACAACCUUUGGACAGCUUUAGAUCAAUGGCUAUUUAAUACUACUAUUGCUUUCCCCCAAAAUGAGUAUUUAGGUGCCGAUGUUGCUUCUAAAGAGCGUUUAUUUAGAUUAAUGAGCUCAUUUCCUACUGUAUAUGGGUUCGUUUCAUUUUUAGAGGCUCUUUUACGACCAUCAUCUACUCAGCAAUCUGAUCUAUAUUCUCUUCCUUUUCCUGAAAAUCUUGGAGGGAAGUACCGAAGUCCAGGACUUUGGCCUUAUGUUGAUUUCAUUAUUAAUGAAGUCUUUGUGACGUCCGCCACAUCAACAACAAUGUCUGAAAAGUCUAAGAUGCAAAUUCAGUUACCUACAAUUAGAUUUAUCUUGCAUUGCCUUCAGCACUUUGAUCCUGAAAUUCCAAUUAUUUCUGCUAGUGCUGGAAUUGAUAUCAACGUCAUUGUUAAAACCCAGACUUUCCAAGAUUUUAUCCAAAUUCAUCCCAGCUCAAUUGCCAUGAAUUAUCUUUUUAGCACCAAAAUCUACACGCCUUUAAUAGAGAUAGCUUCUGUUGGAAUUGAUGCUGUUUCUGAGUUACCUGAAGACAGCCCCACGGUUUCGAUUCUUAUUGACACUUUAAGAAUAAUUAAUGAUAUUCUCAACCUUCAAAAUAUUUUUAUUGAUGCUGUUAAAAAGGCCAACAGAGCUGGUGACUCUGGUCCUAUUCAUUUGAGCACUCAUGGGUUGUCUUCUUUUGAAGAUGCUAUUUUAUUCAAUCUUUCAAUAAUCUCACAUCUUGCAUUAUACACAAGCUCUCCAAAUGCCACAUUGGCACGACUUUCUUUAUCGCUGUUGGACAGGGUUUCUCAUUCGAGUCAAUUUUCAACACCUUCUUAUUCUACUGUGGAUUCUCGAAUUCGUGGCAAUCGCCUAUUAAGCAUUUUGGAAGCCGUUGAUGAUUCUGUUAGAAUUAAGGAGGGAAUUAUUGAGCAAUUGACUCGUCCUCUGGAUUCAUAUGUUAGCACAGGCUUGAUUCCUGAUGCAGGGCUCAGAAUUAAAGAGGAAAUUCUAAAGUUUUUAAUUUCCAAUCUUCCUUCUACUUACAAGGAAGCUUCGAUUUCUCAUCUUCUUUUGGGAUUUAAAAUUAAUAGUGAUGGAUCUCUUUCUCCUGAUUCUACAAGAGGUGGUAUUUUUUCAGAAAUUUCGAUUCUUGAAACCAUUAUUCAGACUGCUUUUAACUCAAACAGAGCCAUUACAGGAUCUUAUAUUCCAUAUCAACCAGCCCGUAUUUCUAGCUUAUGUUACAAAAUUAUUCGUUUGCUAAUCAAGAACUCUCUUUCGACUGGAAUCAUGAUCGAGUAUCUUCGUGAAAAGAGCUUCUUUUUAAGCAGCCUGAAAUCUGAGCCCAUUGUUGAUUCAAGAGCUAUAUGGGACGAAAUUCCAUUUGAAGAUGUGCCUGAAUUUUAUACAUCCUAUUCUGCUCGUGCUUUUCUUUGUUUUAUUGACAAGCGAGCUUCGCUUCUGGAAUGCUUAUCUAUCGAGCUACACGCUGCUGCACUCAGUGGAUCUCUUUCUGCAGUUUCUCGGUACAUGGAGGCUCUCGCUAAUAUGAAUAUUAAAAAUGAUGAUACUUUUGAGACUUCUUCUGCAACAAAGAUUUUAUCAUUUUUAGAUGUUGUCGAGUAUACGAUUCCACCCAAAGAGCGCCUUAAUGAGGAAAUCACUAGCACAUUUGGUGAACAGUUGGUUGCCCAUAUUCUCAGACGAGAUUCAGAACUUGAUGAUCAGAGUGCUGUGGCUGAGCUGACCUAUCUUUUGAGACUCAAGGGUCUUGAACUCAUGGGUACUGGUCACAUCACAUCUCUUAACGACCCCAGCUUUGUUCAAGCAAUCGAUUCUGUGAUUAUCAGUUUUACUCGUAACAGACUCCUUGACAGACUGAGAAGCACACAACUUUCUUGCUUACAGGCUUGGAGCAAACUUCUCCUUGUUGUCGUUAAUGAUUCUGAUUUGGCACCUAAUGAUCGCACUAAUCUAUUGUUAGAAGUUUUCCAAUCUGUUGUCCAUAAGCUAAAGCUCUAUUCUACGACUGAUUCUGAGUAUGCUGAAAAUUUGGCGUCUCUUUUGGUUUCGCUUUACAGUAUAUACCUUAGCGAUAUUAAUGCUAUGGAGCGCACAAUUUCAAAUAAAAAUCCAUCGCUUCUCAAGAAAAACUCCGCCGAGCGAACACACCCUCUUUUUAAGGCUGUCAUCUCCUCGAUUUUAACCUCCAACUCUACACCUACACUUCGCUCUGAGCUAUAUGUCAUUGCCUACAAGUAUCUUAAGAAUGUUUUAUCUGACGAGUCUUUGACUGCAUCUUCAUCUAUUAUUCGAAACUGUUUGCAGACGAUUCGUGUUUCUGGUGAUAAACUUAUUGAGUUUAUUUGCAAUGAUGCUCUUAAUGGUGAAGGUACCACUCGACUCACUGCCUACAUUUUACUAGAGGUUUUCAGCACACUUUCUAUUCGUGCCAAGUCAACAUUUUUGCUGGAUACUCUUGUUAAAUACAAUAUGCUUCUUCUCAUUGUUAGAUCAAUUUCGCACUGCGACGAAGAAAUCGUCAAAAGAGAUGAUCUUCAAUUCUCUUAUUUGUCAACGACUAAUAAAAGAUCUCAUCUAUCGGGUGUUUUUGCAGCUGCAAACCGUCAUUACCAGAUUAUGAUUUUUAAGUCCAUUGUAUCUCUGCUUUUGCAGUUAGCUCGGACUAGACAUGGUGCUCACCAAAUUACUCAGUGUGGUCUUUUUGAAAUUCUUAAAACAUGCAAGUUUUUGCGUAUCGAUCCUGACGUAGGAAUCGAUGUUCGAUCAGCAUUUAAUCCUGUUUUAACAAACAAGAAGUUUGAUGCUUCAUUUUCAAAGGGCGAAAAUCUGAGUGACCCAACAAUUGCAGGUAUCCGCAAUUUCCGAAGUGUGCUUUUCCGUGCAUUUUCUCGUUCUUACUCUGGUACCAAUGAUCCUAAUUCGCCGUUUUAUGACGACCACAUUAAUGCAAGCAACCAUGGCUCAAGCGCUUUCAAUAAUACGUCUAAUGGAGCUGGUCCUGUAGGAGAAGCUCCUGUGCCGUUCUUUUCUGUUUUCCAGUAUGACCCGCAGGCGACGUUUUACUAUUUGGUAAAUCCUACAUUCCAACUUAUCACAGCUACACUUUUGUCAUUAGGAAGUGAGAAUGAACCUGUAAUUGCUCGUGUGCGAUCAUUUUUGCAAAGCCAUGAACUAUUAGUUGUGGCACUACUGCGUAAAGAUGUUCUUGCUCGCGGGAAGCCUGCGGAUUUCCUGGAAGAUGACCAGCUUUUUGACGAUGAUAUGGAUUUGCUUCCUCUAAGCAAGAAGCCUACACCGGUACAUGAAGAAAAACCACAAAUGGAACAACAGGAUAGUUUGUCAUCACUAGUAAACCACAUUGUACUUUUGAUAUCUCUUACAAACUAUGUUCCAGGAAUCCAGCAAAACUAA